GAGAGUGACGACAUCGCUUCAACAUUAUACUGGUUUAGACACUGAUAUACGGAAGUUCGAAAAUGUUCUGCUGUGUGCAACGACAAGUGUCUCUGGAGGAGGUGGUGAGUCGACCCCGCAAGAAGCUGGUGAUCGUGGGGGACGGGGAGUGCGGUAAGACCUGCCUCCUGUACCGCUUUGUUAAGGACGAAUUCGACGAGAAGAUCUACUUCCCUACUGUGUUUGAUGUGGAUGUCACAACAGUUCAUCACAACAACUCCGAGGUGGAGCUGGUGCUGUACGACACAGCAGGACAGGAAGACUACGACCGACUGCGGCCCUUCUCCUACCCCGACACCGACAUCGUUCUCAUCUGCUUCUCCGUCAACAACCCCGACAGCCUGGAGAACGUCUCCUACAACUGGGCACCGGAGAUCCGACACUUCUGCGGCAAUGUGCCCGUGCUGCUGGUGGGGACAAAACACGACCUGAGAGCCGAGACGACCGACAAAGACUCCGUGGACUCCACCAAGUCCAAGUCCAAGUCCGCGUUCACCACAGUCCAGCAGGGGGAGGAGAUGGCGUACCGGAUAGGCGCCGUGGCGUACAUCGAGUGUUCGGCCAAACUGAACGAGGGGGUGACGGAAGUGUUCACCAGAGCUGUCGCUGAAGCUAUGAAAAAGAAGAAGAAGACUAAAAUUGGCUCGAAGGGAUGUCCUUUCUUUGUAGAUCGAUGAUUGGAGUAAUUUCUGGAAGUGAUUCCAGUCAAUACAUUUACUGACAAAGCCAAAUAAACAUGAACACAGUGUUCAUCUGUUCAAGGUGGCGUAGCCAUGUGAUCAAAGCGUUCGCUUGUCACGUUGAAGGUCCGGGUUCGUUGCCCAAAAUGGUACAAUUCGUGAAGCCAAUUUUGGGUGUCUCCAAUGGAUAUUGCCUGCCGAAAAACGGACUAACUCACUCACUCACCUGUUCAAUACUCAGGACGGAGUUCAAUACGUGGCUACAGGCUUGCCACAAACACUGACGUUUGAUACUGAGGAGAGAAUGAAGAAGAAAGUUGGUACAUCAUUGAUGACAUCGUGCUACAAAUAGAAUGAGCUUCAUCUGUGGAUGCCACAUCGACUUGAUUUAGCGAGAGUAACACGCAUGUCAAGUGUGUGCUAUGGACAGGAGUAUACGCUUCCUCCAACACGA